AUGGGAUAAUAGUGUUGUGUAUAAGAAAGAAGUACAAAUAGAGCAUCUAUAGCAUCUUAAGCCAUUUAAGAUGAGUUAGAAUAUAUGAAAGAAUUUACCAUUGGUCAAUAAAGAAGAUAAAUCUUAAUAUAUGAAGACAAACCUAUAUGUUAUUUCUUAAGCAAAAUUGAGUUAUCAAAUGACACUACUGUAACUGCUUAUUCUUUAAAUGAAAAAGGAACUACAAACGAAUUUGAACAAUAUGAACAAAUGUAGGAAGAGAUUGUGAAACAAAUACAAGAGAAAUGUGAUGAAAGCAUAACUCCAAUUGAUGAUUGGAUCAUAUUAUGUGAUAAUGAGAACACAUUAAGUUCAUUGAAAUUAUUUAUUAAAUAAAUUGAAGUUGAUAGUUAAACUAAAAUAAAUGCAACAAAAUGUGAAUUCAUAGUUCCUGGUAAACCUAAUGAUUUUAUUGAUUUUAUGAGCAAUUUUUAAAUUUAGAAAGAAUUAGAUUCUCGGAUAGAUGCUUUUUAUCCUAUGAAAAAGAAUGAAGAUAAUAAAGAAUCUAUUAUUUACUUAAGUUAUAAACCAAUUCUUAUGACUUCAGCAAGAGAAUUUAUUUAUUAUAAAAAAACAAAAUAAAUUGCUACAAAUGUUUUUCAUUUAAUUUUAUUAAUUAGGUUUGGUGUGACGUUAGUAAAUCUAUUUCAGAUCCCUAAUAUCCAAUUAAAAAAAAAGUAAGAGGAGAAAUUUUACUUAGUGGUUACUUGAUUGAACCACUUUCCAAUUAUAAAAAUAAAGAUUAUUUUAAUAAUAGGUAUAUAUAUAUUAUAAACAAUAAUAGAUUUAAAAAUAAAAAUUUUGAUGAAUUCUCUUUUGUCAGAAUGUACUCAUUAUGUGAUUUCAAAAUGUCAAUUCCUCUUUACUUGGCAAAAGGACAAGUGAAAUCAGAAAUGAUUAAAUAUAUUGAUUUAGUCUACCAAAAAUUAUAAUGA